CACCAGCGGCGGAGCGACCAGAGACCGGGCAGAAGAAGAGGAGCUCACUCGCGUUUCUGUCCUCAUUCCUGUGGACGGUUGGUGUUUGUUAAAGCUUCGGACAUUCUCGGUUCCUCGGGGCGCUUCAUGGCCGAAUUCACCGGCAGGUUCCGUUAAUCCAAAGUGAUGUGGAUGCGAGCGCCACUCUGAAGCGGAACUGUGCCGUUGGUUUUCUACAAAACGGGGAAACAAACAUGAGACCUGGCAUCCCGAGCAGCUUCUUCUAAACAGAGAGAGAUAGAUAGAUAGAUAGAGAGAGAGAGAGAGAGAGAGAGGGGCGCGAGGAGCGGAGGUUCUGGUGGGACGGACGCGCGAGGAUCCAGAGGAGGAUGUGGAUUUAAACUCGCAACCGUGCAGCCACCGUCAGACAACCGCCUCGAGCUUGUAUUCCACAUCUUUUUAAUGGCAACCGGGAGCCGCGCGAGCGUCUCCGUCCGCGGGCACGGAAGAGUGAACCGGGGUCUGUGAGCGCCGCCGGGACCCGGAGACACGCGGAGAGGCUAUGUGUGCGUGUUAGUGUGUCUGUAAAAAUGCCGCUGCUGGCCGAACACGCGUGAUCGGACAUGGAGGCUGUCAGCGCAGUCAACGGGACGCAGGACGAGCUCCGCUUCCUGCCCCCGCCUGACGAUGACCUCGGCAACCUCGGUUACCACGACUACAACCCCAGUGCCGCCGCUAACCCACCGGCGUUGCCCACAGUGUUUGAGGGAGUGAAUUUUCCAGAAGACCCCAUUAAACUGCUGAGUGUACAGGUGGUGUUGAUCUUGGCCUACAGCACCAUCAUUGUGCUGGGGGUUCUGGGUAAUUCUCUGGUCAUCUACGUCAUCUACCGCUUUAAGACGCUCCGCACCGUCACCAACUUCUUCAUCGCCAACCUGGCUGUCGCCGACCUGCUGGUGAAUACGCUGUGCCUCCCCUUCACCCUCGUCUACACUCUGCAGGGAGAGUGGAAGUUCGGCAGCACCCUCUGCUUCCUGCUGCCCUACGCCCAGGGGCUCGCCGUGCAUGUCUCCACAGUUACGCUCAACGUCAUCGCCCUGGACCGCCACAGGUGUAUCGUGUACCACCUGGAGACCAGGAUGCGUAAGGACGUGUGUUUCGGGGUGAUAGCAUUGACCUGGGUGCUGAGCGCCGUGCUCGCCAGCCCUCUGGCCAUCUUCAGAGAAUACGGCUCCUUCACGCUGGAGCCUGGAAACACCAUACAGGUAUGUACUGAGAAGUGGCCCGGUAAAAACACAGAUGGCACCGUCUACAGCAUCUCCAUGUUGAUCCUGCAGUACUUCUUGCCGUUGUCCAUCAUCUCCUUCGCCUAUGCCCGCAUCUGGUCCAAACUGCGCGGCCAUGUCAGCCCAGCGGAGAACGUCUGCAACAGCAGUGCCAGCUCCGAGCGCCAUCGCCGACGCCGCAAAACCACCAAGAUGCUGGUGACUAUGGUGGUGGUGUUCGCUGUCAGCUGGCUGCCCUUCCAUGCCUUCCAGCUGGCCACGGACAUCGACAGCACGGUUCUGGACAUGCGUGACUAUCGCCUGCUCUACACUGUCUUCCACGUGGUCGCCAUGUGCUCCACCUUCGCCAACCCGCUGCUGUAUGGCUGGAUGAACCGCAACUACCGCGCCGCCUUCCUCACUGUCUUCAAGUGUGGGAGGGGAGGGGAGAGGGGGAGAAGCGGCCGGCUGGACAGCAUUCACCCCGUUGGAGGAGGAGGAGGAGGAGGGAGGGCGAAGAAGAUAGUGCUUGAAACCCAGGACGUGGUGUCCACCCACUUGAACGCCACAGACGUGUGAAAGCCUGAGGGAGGUGGGAAUGAAGAGGGUGAUGGAGAAGGGGGAGAGAUGACAAGAAAAUAAUGAGGCGGGAAGGAAAAGAAAAUUGACAGGAAAUCUUUUGUUCCUCAGAAAACAAUAGAGAAGAAAACGAGAUUCCACAUGGAAACAGAAACAGAGGGGAGAUAAAGAUGUGAGAGAAAAUAGAAACGACAGAGUGAGAGGAAGGCGACUGGGGGGGAUUAAAGAGUUUUUGGAAACCCAAAAUAGAGGAGGAGGAGGCGUAGACAGGCAGGGAUUAGAAGAAUGACGGGACAGAAGAAUGACUCAAGGCCUCCUUGACCAAACGAGGCACCGCAACUUUGGGGACGUGACCUCAUCGUGAUGGAGGAACCUGGCACUUCGAGAGGGGGGGGUUUGUUCAAGCGAAAUUCAACUUUGUACGACGGAUUUGUAACACCGACAAAAGUUUGAUCCGGAAAGACAACAAGAGCAGAUAAAAAGAAGUGAAGUUCUGAUUUUCGGCUGACAAAAUUUUGAGAAAUUAUUGAAAGAUUCUACAAACUUUUAAUGCAAAUCUUGUCAAAAUAGGGCUUUACUCCAUCUUCAUUCCACGCGUGAAGCAUUUAGCUCGUACAUUUAAUCCAGAGUGGCUUACAAACGGGGGCACAAGGACGCUUAAGCAGAUUUGUGUGCGACGUUUCGGCAACCGCUUCCUUUCUAACUGUGAGGGAUGUGAGCGAAAUGUCCGAAACUGAGGCUGCUGGUAACCAUCUAAAAAGAUUUUGUUAAAAAAUUUUUUUUUUUAAAUCCCGUAUUCUUGAGUUCAGACGGAGCCGAGGACGACGAGGAUGCAUGAUGCAAGCUUUGUGAAAUUUCAGACAUUGUUACGUAAUUACAUUGUGUGUUUUUAAUGUGGAUUAUCCUACAAAGAAAGCCGGACGUAGAGGAGGUGGUCAAAUUGAAGAUAAGACAAAGAAGGGAAAAGGAGGGAGGGAGAGGUCAAAUUAUAAAUGAUUUAAAUUAAAAUGGCUUUGUUUUUCCUUUUUUAAAUGGAUGAAGGACACUGAGCAGAGAAUGGGAGACGGGGCAGAUGGGGAAAAAAAGCAAUGAUGAUGAGAGGAUCAGUGGUAAGAGGGGAAAGAGUGAAAUGUGGGAUAAUGAGGCGAAAGAAAAAAGUCCCAGCAAGAGGGCGAUUUCAAAAGAACAGGCUGCAAUUUGGUGUGAAACAGCGGAGAAAAGAUCUGUUCUUACAAGCGCAAAGAUGAAUGUUUGUCACGUUUUUUUUGCGGUUGAGAUUUUGCACCUUUUCGAAAAACGUCUCCCAGAUCAGUUUGUGAAAGCCACAAGUCAUGAUAUUAAUUAUUUAUGAAAUUUGGGUGCCUUCACGCUCUGCACACAUUUUUAAUACUGCUUCAUUUCAAAAUUCAUUACUGAUGUUAAUCAGCACCGCAUAAUAAGAUAUGGGAUUGAGAAGAUUGUUCACUUUGAAAUAAUGCUAAUUUCAAACAUACCCUUUUGACAAAUUUUUAAAAGAGAUGGAUUUCAAAUAGCUACCAGAAGUGAAUACUUAUUUAGGAGAAGUGUUAACAUUCAUACAGCUGUUUGUGUCCACAUCUGGACAUCAAGGGACCUUUUUGGCCCUGAACUGAGCCUCUCAAGCAGCUCUUACUUGCUCAUUAUACAGACAAAAAAACGCCCGCAGAUGCAAAACAGGAUCAAUUUAUUUGCCAUGACCUCCAUGACUUACAACUAAUUCUGGAGACUCUUAAGAGUACUCCAGUAAUUUAGCAUAAUACUCCUGUUACAUCGUCAGACUUGUGAUAUAAAGUUUUUAAAAGCACAGCGUUUACAUUGUCCACAAUGCAACUCGACCACUAACAGUUUGGUCAUACAUUGGGGGGUUUUAUGCUGGUAAUGGCUAAUGUAGCCUGGAGCCUGUAGUCUGCCGCAGACUUAUACCCUCUAUAAAUGGUGCCUUUAUUGGCCUUUUCCGCUAAAGGAACUGAUCGACCCAUAACUUAUCCAGGUUAUGCUUUUGUUUCCACUAUUAUCCCCCCACUCUGGGAGCAAGUCCCUGAACUUACACUUACCUGCUCAGGAGGUGGUACUAAAUCCAUGUUCUAGGUACUCUUGGGGCAGUGCCUGAAUUGGACCAAAAUAAGAUGCCAAUGCGCUAUUUCAGCACAAUCCUAAUCCCCCAGAUAAGAUAACCCUAACCUUAAUUCUUCUGCAAUUUUUAGCCUUUUUAACAAGGACAGUGAAAGUGCUUCUUAGCGUUUCUUAGCGCUAAACUGUUUUCUUAGUGUUAAACUAGCUAUAUAUUUACACAGAGAUGCAGUUACGCAGGCAAUUAGGAGAACUUCACAAGCAUUGCUGUACACAGGGUUUUAGGAAUACAGGGGUCCAAAAACUGAACUUGCUAGUGGGCUUUUGGGGCAUGCAUCAACGUUAAGUUAAUUACAAUUUCACAACCUUUAUUGAAUACUCCUAGGAAAAAUCCAGACCUUGGUGACCUCAGUAGUGGGUACAGACAUCCUCCCCAGAGGUCGUGGUACUCAGUAAGAUACUUAUGUGGACAUAAAAUCAGAAAGGCCAGAAUGAAGGAACCUUUUACUUACUUAAGUAGUUCCUGUAGUUUCAAUAGCGGAAAAGGGCUUUUAUUGGAAGUGUUGGGUGCCACACAAUUAUAGUCACAUGCCGUCAGGUGUCAAUGAAAAAAGUUCCACCUCUUCCGAGUCUUUUAAUUUAUUUGCGCUGCCAGACCAUCUCUCGCCUCUGCCAUCCCAUUAUGCUCCAGUGUAGGCACUGCCCGACAGACUAAACUCAUUAACUGUCUGUGAUGAGGGCAAUAGACAUGCUGACAGCUGUAUAGGAGACAGUCAGGUCUCCAGCGGCUCCACUUGUUGCUAUCAUUGAGUUUUCACACACUUGAACCCUGCAGUUGGGUCUUAACUUCUAUGCUCCAAAUUAAAUUCAUUGUUCAAAAUGUUAUUACCAAAGGUUGUUUCAUUAUGUGUUUAAACUUUAAUUGCCUAAUUGUAAUUGCAACCCUCAGUCUCCCUUUGGCAGGGGCUGUGUCAACACCGUAAUUUAGUGUAAACACAGCAGACUGAAUAAUGACCUACAAACAUUUUUGCGCAGUGUGCAUGAACACAACAGCAGCUAUUGGUUUAAACUGUUACAUAAACCGAAAAAUAAUACAUCAAUUGAUCAGAAAUAGACUAAAGCUUGAAAAACAGUCAAACACACACAGGUGUUGUAAGAGGGGAUCAAAUGCUCGGAAAAUAAAAUCCUUCAUUGUUUUUGGACUUAGUGUCCAUGUACCUCUCUUGUGUUUUCCUCUUUAAAUCCCUCGAUCCUCUCUGAGUUGCGUCACUGCCUCGCUCGACCUGCACUCCCGCAAUCCCUCUGUUCCCUCCCACUGAACCGCACCAGCUGUUUAUCUCCGUCCUCGUUUCAGCUCCUUGUCUGUCUCCUCUCCGCUCUCUUUCCCUGUGAAUGCAUGUCUCAGAAAGCUAAAAAGUGGUGUCUUACUCUAAGGAUGAAACGGAGGAUAAUUAUGAGAAAUGUCUGUUUCAUUUUGACCAAGUGCAGAGUCACAAACAGUCCUGAUAGAAAACAACAGCUGCUACAUUAUGUUGUCAAAAAUUACAGCUUCCAAUGAGGGAUCUCAUUUCAAAACAGCUGAAAUGUUGUCAUCAGUAAGUAUUUUACACACAUUUGACUGUAUCCACCACAAACAUCAGUUGUCUCUGGUAAUGACUAAAAAUUUUAAGAAGUUUAAUAUUAAACCAUAAUGUGCUUUAGUUCAACAGCAUCCUGAGUUUAUAAUCCUUGGAUUUGAGUUUUACAGUUGACUUUUGAACAGCAUUAUACUUUGAGUGGAAGCAGGUCAAAUGGAGGUGCAGAAAGACAGUUUGACACCAUCUGGUUUGCGUUGGAUCCCCACAGCUAUCCCACAAUGCAGUGCAUGGAUUCGUCAUCAUCCACCCGACAAUAGUGUUGGGAUUUGAGUUAUUUUGGGGUUGUUAGCGUAAAAGUCUGAUUUACUGGAACGGCUUGGAUGGACAUGAGUCAUCAGUGCAAAAGUGUCAAGAAAUAUCUGCUUCUUUAAUAAAAGUCAAUGGUAUAAGCCUGUGGAACUCUAAGGAAAGAUGUGAACAACUCUCAAGGUGCUAUUGUUUGCAAUCUCAGAACCCAUCAGCUAUUGUCUGACGCCGAUUUAGCCUGUUGGCAACGGCCAAUAUCUUGGCGCUUGCAGUGUCGCCAGCAGAUAUCUGGAUAACGAUAUCCAAGCAAAUACUUCCUCUUCUAGAUGCAUUUCGGCUAAUCUCUAUAUACAGAUAUCGGCGAAGGAAUGCAGAUAUGUUUAAAAAAAACGAUAGCCAGGGGCUCCAAGACUGCGUUUCAAGCGAUGCAUUCCACCUCUUUUGCUCUCCAGACCAUAUUCUGUCAUCAGACUGUCCUCCAUUGGCAUUAAAUGCUGUCUUCAGAUCCAAUCUGGCUGUGUGACAGCUAAUGGGUUUGCUAUUUUAUGGACACUACAUUGGAAAAAGUGGAAGUGGAAAAGGUGGAGAACAGAAAACCUCCUGUUAUUCCAACUAUUUCCCUUAAAUUUGUUAAUCUUUUGUUCUGAUGAUUCAAGUUUCAUUUUAUACAUGAAAAAUGAAUGUAACUUUUCCUUCCGGAUCCACACGAGCAGGCUAACUAACUUACUCGCUAGCUCACUCGCUAACCUGUUAUUUAGAUCUGUAGUGUUUACUAGCAAGUUACUAAAGCUAAAACUGUUGGCAAAAAAAGGUAGUGAGUUACACAGCUAACUUAUUCCCACUGACAAGAUUAAUAAAUAAUGGAAUUUGCAAAGCUUCUAGACUCAAACGUUGGCUACAAACAUUCGUACACUGUGCCUACAGUAGCACUGUGGGACAAGCUUGAAAGUAAAUAAGAUGGCGUCAAACUUUUAUGAAAUUCACCUUUUUAAAUGCUCCUUGUGUGUAAUUCAGCCUGUUUUCUAUUUUUGAAGAAAAGAGUUGAACAGGUAUUUAGUUUCUCAUUGGUGACGUUCUGAUUUAUUCUGACAAGGUUUGUGAUGGGAGGACACAGAUGCUGCUCAACCUUUAUCAAACAUGAAUGUAAACUUCUUUGUAACAUGGCUGUAAUGUUGUAUAUUGUAUAAUUUUGUGUAAAUAUUGGCUCUGUGAAAGACUGUAACCUAGCACAAACUGUUGGCGUUUACCUGUGCCCAACAACAGAUGUACUAUUCUCAAGCACAAACACGCCUCUGGACUCUUUCUUACUGUCUGUAUGUGUGUGUGUGUUUUCGAUAUCUGUGUGUAUAAUUGAAAUUUGACCAGAUUCAGCUUCAAAACAAUAACUAUAAACUUGAAUAUCAUAUGCUGCCAAGGUGCUGAUGAACUGGCAACAAACCAGAACAUAGAUAUAAAAUACAGUCUAUUAAUAUUUAAUUAUAACUGUGGGGUUGUGAAUUAUUGUAAGAACCCCUAAUUAUUGACUUCUUAAUGUCCAGGUGAAAUGAAAAAUGUAAGUUUAACCCAUUUGGA